AUCCAUGGUUCUGCGAGUAUUUCGCAGUUUCCUCGAUGGAACUACAAAGUCUUUCUAAGUUUUAGAGGUGAAGAUACUCGGAAAACAUUUACAGGUCGCCUGUACAAACACUUGGAAAACAUGGGAAUUAAAGCCUUUCAAGAUGACAAAAGGCUAGAGCAUGGCGCAUUGUAUCAAGAACUCUUGAAAGCUAUUGAAGAAUCUCAAGUUGCCCUCAUCAUUUUCUCAAAGAAUUAUGCUACAUCGAGGUGGUGCUUGGAUGAACUAGUGAAGAUCAUGGAUUGCAAGAAUCAGUUUGGACAAAUUGUCAUACCGGUCUUCUAUGAUGUGGAUCCAUCCGAAGUCCGAAACCAGAGGGAGAGCUUUGCAGAAGCCUUUGCCAAACAUGAAUCAAAGUAUAAGGAUGAUGUUGAAGGAAUGCAAAAGGUGCAAAGAUGGAGGACUGCUCUAACUGCUGCCGCAAAUCUAAAAGGAUAUGACACCUGCAAAUUAUGUGACGGGAUUGAAUCAGACUGUAUUCAACACAUUGUUGACCAAAUUUCCAAAUUAUGCAAGAUAGCUUUAUCCCUGCAAGAUGUUGUGGGAAUAAAUACUCAUUUAGAGAAAGUAAAAUCCCUACUAGAGAUAGAAACUAAUGAUGUUCGUAUCCUGGGGAUUUGUGGCAUGGGAGGAGUCGGUAAAACGACAAUAGCAAAAGCCAUUUUUGAUACACUCUCGUAUCAGUUUGAAGCUGCUUGUUUCCUUGCGGAUGUUAAAGAAAAUGAAAAAAGAUAUCAACUGCAUUCUUUACAAAACACUCUUCUCUCUAAAUUGUUAAGAAGCAAAGAUGAUUGCGUCAAUAAUAAGCUUGAAGGGAAGCAGAUGAUUCCGGACAGACUUUGUUCUAAGAAGGUCCUAAUUGUGCUUGAUGACAUAGAUGAUGGAGAACAAUUGGAGUAUUUAGCAGGUGAUCUUAGUUGGUUUGGUAAGGGCACUAGAGUUAUCGUAACAACUAGAGACAAGCAUUUGAUAGGGAAGAAUGAUGUAAUAUAUGAAGUGACUACACUACCUGAUCAUGAAGCUACGCAGUUGUUCAAGCAAUAUGCUUUUAAAGAAGAAGAUCCAGAUGUGUGUUUUGAGAAGCUAAUAUUGGACGUAGUAAGUCAUGCUAAAGGCCUUCCUUUAGCCCUCAAAGUGUGGGGUUCUUCGUUACAUAAGAGGGAUAUAACUGUUUGGAGAAGUGCUAUAGAGCAAACGAAAGUCAAUUCUAAUUCAAAAAUUGUUGAAAAGCUCAAAAUUAGUUAUGAUGGAUUAGAUCCCAUACAACAAGAGAUGUUUCUAGAUAUAGAAUGCUUCUUACGAGGGGAAGGAAAAGAUUACAUCCUACAAAUUCUUGAGAGUUGUCAUAUUGGAGCUGAAUACGGAUUGCGCAUUUUAAUUGACAAAUCUCUUGUGUUCAUCUCUGAAUAUAAUCGGAUUCAAAUGCAUGACUUAAUACAGGAUAUGGGUAAAUAUAUAGUGAACAUGCAAAAAUAUCCGGGGGAACGUAGCAGACUAUGGCUCGCCGAGGAUUUCGAUGAAGUGAUGAUCAACAAUACAAUAAGAGAAGCAAAAGGGACCAAGGCAGUGGAAGCAAUCUGGUUUCGUUAUUUUGAAAAACUGUGCUUUAACAAAGAGGCAAUGAAAAAUAUGAAAAGGCAUAGGAUAUUAUACAUACAUGAGCAGGACGGGCAUUUGCAGAUCCAUGGUGGCUGCAUUGAGUACCUGUCCAACAACUUGCGUUGGUUUGUGUGGGAUCUCUAUCCUUGUGAGUCAUUGCCAACUAAUUUUGAACCCAGAAAGCUUGUUCAUCUUAAUCUCAGUUUCAGUUUAGUGCGUCAUCUAUGGACGGGAACAAAGCAUUUGCCGUCUCUGCGGAAGCUAGAUCUCGGCUUCUCUAAAAGCCUGAUGCAAACACCAGAUUUCACGGGGAUGCCAAAUUUGGAGUAUUUGAAUCUGGAGGAAUGUAGUGAUCUUGAAGAGGUUCAUGGUUCCCUGGGAUGUUCCAGAAAACUCAUCGAGUUACAUUUGUUUCAUUGUAAAAGCGUUAAGAGGUUUCCAUGUGUUAAUGUGGAAUCUCUUGAAUAUCUGGAUCUAUAUGAUUGCUCAAGUUUAGAGAAAUUUCCAGAGAUUCUCGGAAGAAUGAAGCUGGAGUUAGAGAUUGACAUGAGAUACUCUGGGAUAAGGGAACUACCAUCUUCUAUUAUUCAGUACCUAACUCAUACUACCAAGCUAGACUUAAGCUCUUUUAAAAACCUUGUAGCUCUUCCAAGCAGCAUUGGUUUGUUGAAAAGUUUGGUGGAGCUAGAUGUGUCGGGUUGCUCAAAACUUGAAAGCUUUCCAGAAGAGAUAGGAGGUUUAGAAAACUUGGAGGAGCUUGACGCCAAAAAUACUCUAAUUUCAUGUCCUCCGUCUUCCAUAGUGUGCUUGAACAAACUUAAAUCCUUGAAUUUUGGAAAAGAUACUGAAGAAAUGGGGUAUCUAUUGGGUUUCAAAGAUGAAGUGUACUUUAUGUUCCCUCCGGUAGCAGAAGGAUUACACUCAUUGGAAAUUCUGGAUCUCAGUUGCUGCAACUUAACAGAUGGAGGACUUCCGGAAGACAUCGGAUGCUUAUCCUCUUUGAAAAGCUUCGUAGCCCAACUUGUUGCUCUUCGAUCCUUGAACUUAUCAGAUUGCAAGAGGCUUAAAGAUUUGCUGAAUUUCAGGAGGAUGCCAAAUUUGGAGAAGUUGUAUCUGUCAUCUUGUUUGAAUCUUGAAGAGUUGCCAGAUUUCAUGGGGAUGCCAAACUUGGAGACUUUGAAUCUGUCAGCUUGCAAGAGGCUUAAAGAGUUGCCAGGUUUCAUGGGGAUGCCAAGUUUGGAGACAUUGAAUCUGUCAAACUGUGUGAAUCUUGAAGAGGUUCAUCAUUCCCUGGGAUUUUGUAAAAAGCUCCGUAAAUUACAAUUGACUAAUUGUGAACGGCUUAAGAGGUUUCCAGCUCUGUGCAUCGAUUCCCUUAAAUAUCUGUGUCUACGAGAUUGCUCUAUUUUAGAAAAUUUUCCAGAAAUCCUCGGAAGCAUGAAGCUGGAGUUAGAGAUUCACACGAGAGACCGUCGGAUAAGGGAACUAAAUUUGAGAGGUUUCAAAAACCUUGUAACACUUCCGAGCAGCAUUUGCAAGUUGAAAAGCUUGGUGGAGCUAGAUGUGUUAGGAUGCUCAAAACUUGAAACCUUGCCAGAAGAGAUAGGGGAUUUAGAAAACUUGGUGCGGCUUAAUGCCAGAGAUACUCUAAUCUCACAACCUCCGCCUUCCAUUGUCCGGUUGAACAAGCUUAAAUUCUUGAGUUUAGCAAAACAAAAAUCAGAAAAAGGCCUCGAAGAUGGAGUGUACUUUGUGUUUCCUCCCGUUGCUGAAGGAUUACGUUCAUUGGAAAUUCUGAAUCUCAGUUACUGCAAUCUAACAGAUGGAGGACUUCCGGAAGACAUUGGAUGCUUAUCCUCUUUGAAAGUGUUGUAUCUCAGUGGAAAUAAUUUUGAGCAUUUGCCUCGAAGCAUGGCCCAACUUGGCGCUCUUCGGUUCUUGAACUUAACAGAGUGCAAGAGUCUUACACAGCUGCCAGAACUUCCCCCAGAAUUAAAUGAAUUGCAUGUAGAUUGUCAUAUGGCUCUGAACAGUAUCCAUGAUUUAGUAACAAAGAGAAAGAAACUACAGAGGGUGAUAUUCAUGCCACUGUAUGAUAAAGAUGACGCAUAUAAUGAUUCGAUCUAUAAUUUGUUUGCACAUACCCUGUUUCAGAAUGUCUCCUCCUUGCAAAAUGACAUUUCUGCUUCAUAUUCCUUGUCACUAAGAGUAUUUACCAUUGUGCAUCCUGAAAGGAAGAUCCCAAGUUGGUUACAACAUCAGGGUAAGGAUAGAAGUGUAUCAGUCAUUUUGCCUGAAAAUUGGUAUGUAUGUGAUAACUUCUUGGGGUUCGCUGUAUGUUACUCUGGCAGCUUAAUUGACACCACAGUUCACUUGAUUCCCUUAUGUAAUGAUGGCAUGUCAUGGAUGACCCAGGAACUAGAAUUAUCCAACCGUUCAGAAUAUGAUGAGAUGUUGUUGAUGAACGGGGAACUAGAGUUAUCCGACCAUCCAGAACGUGAUGUAGAAUCCACUAUUCAUUUUCUCUUGGUACCUCUUACUGGCUUAUGGGAUACAUCCAAGGCAAAUGGAAAAACACCAAAUGACUAUGGGCAUAUCAGGCUAUCUUUUUCUGGAGAAAUGAAGAAGUUUGGAGUUCGUUUGUUGUAUAAAGAUGAACCAACAGAACAUCGUGUUGGGAUAAGGAGCAGAUAUGACAAUGGUGAACACCAUGGCACCGCGACUGAUGAAGCCAGCUGCUGUCGCAUACUCUGCAAACUGGGAACAUGGUACUUUGGGAACAAAGCCGGUGACACUGCCCAUGAAGAGCAUAUGUUUCCUUUGUUUGUAGCAGAACAACUAGACUCGUGGCCUGAGAAAGAGAUUCGCAAGAGAACUUACUUGGAUGAAUGUUCGCGAAGCAAGAAAGCUGUGCCAAAACGGAUGGAUGAAAGAAGCCUUGGAACUAGUAAUAAGAAGAACAGUAGGAUUAGGCAAAUGCAUCAAACCGCACAAGACUUCGUCUCCUCCGGCGAGAUUCCGCUAUUAACUGAAUCAAUGGCAUCAUCUUCUACUUUUGCGAGUACUUCACAGUUUCCUCGAUGGAACUAUGAUGUCUUUCUAAGCUUUAGAGGUGAAGAUACUCGGAAAACAUUUACGAGUCACCUGUACGAAAUCUUGGAUAUCAGGGGAAUAAAAACCUUUCAAGAUGAUAAAAGGCUAGAGCAUGGCGCAUCCAUUUCAGAUGAACUCUGUAAAGCUAUCGAAGAGUCUCAAUGUGCUGUCAUCAUUUUCUCAAAGAAUUAUGCAACAUCGAGGUGGUGCUUGAAUGAACUAGUGAAGAUCAUGAAUUGCAAGACUCAAUUUGGACAAACUGUAAUACCAGUCUUCUAUGAUGUGGAUCCAUCAUAUGUUCGGAACCAGAGGGAGAGCUUUGCUGAAGCAUUUGCCAAACAUGAAACAAAGUAUAUGGAUGAUGUCGAAGGAAUACAAAGUUGGAGGAUUGCUUUAACUGCAGCGGCCAAUCUCAAAGGCUGUGAUAUUCGUGACAAGACUGAAUCAGACUGUAUUCGACAGAUUGUUGACCGAAUCUCGUCCAAAUUAUGCAAGAUUUCUUUAUCUUAUUUGCAAAACAUUGUUGGAAUAGAUACUCAUUUAAAGGAAAUAGAAUCCUUACUAGGGAUAGGAAUCAAUGAUGUUCGGAUUGUGGGGAUUUGGGGCAUGGGGGGAGUCGGUAAAACGACAAUAGCUAGAGCUAUGUUUGAUACUCUCUUAGUAAAAAGGGAUAGUUCUUAUCAAUUUGAUGGUGCUUGUUUCCUUGCGAAUAUUAAAGAAAACAAACGUGGAAUGCAUUCUCUGCAAAAUAUCCUUCUCUCUGAACUUUUAAAGGAAAAAGCUAAUAACAAUAGUGAGGAGGACGGAAAGCACCAAAUGGCUAGUAGGUUUCGUUCUAAGAAGGUCCUAAUUGUGCUUGAUGACAUAGAUGAUAAAGAUCAUUAUUUGGAGUAUUUAGCAGGUCAUCUUGAUUGGUUUGGUAAUGGCAGUAGAAUUAUUGUAACAACUAGAGACAAGCAUUUGAUAGGGAAGAAUGAUGUAAUAUAUGAAGUGACUGCACUACCUGACCAUGAAUCCAUUCAAUUGUUCUAUCAGCAUGCUUUCAAAAAAGAGGUUCCAAAUGAGCAUUUUAAGGAGCUUUCAUUGGAGGUAGUAAAUUAUGCUAAAGGCCUUCCUUUAGCCCUCAGAGUGUGGGGUUCUUUGCUACAUAACCUAGGCCUAACUGAAUGGAAAAGUGCUAUAGAGCACAUGAAAAAUUACUCUAAUUCUGGAAUUGUUGAUAAGCUCAAAAUUAGUUAUGAUGGAUUAGAGCCCAAACAACAAGAGAUGUUUCUAGAUAUAGCAUGCUUCUUCCGAGGGGCAAAAAAAGAGUAUGCCAUGCAAAUUCUUGAGAGUUGUCAUUGUGCAGCUGAAUACGGAUUGCGUGUCUUAAUUGACAAAUCUCUUGUGUCCAUCAUUGAAAAUGAUCGUAUUCAAAUGCAUGACUUAAUGCAAGAUAUGGGUAAAUAUAUAGUGAACUUGCAAAAGGAUUCGGGGGAAUGCAGCAGGCUAUGGCUCGACGAGGAUUUUGAAGAAGUGAUGAUCAACAAUAAGGGGACCACGAAAAUGGAAGCAAUCUGGUUUCCUUAUUACCAUUGUGGUACAUUACGCUUUAGCAAAGAGGCCAUGAAAAAUAUGAAAAAGCUUAGGAUAUUAAACAUAGAGAGGUCGUGUACCUGUGAUGGUUCUAUUGAGUAUCUGCCCAACAGCUUGCGUUGGUUUGUGUGGAAAUGCUAUCCUUGGGAGUCAUUGCCAGCUGAAUUUGAACCCAAAAAGCUUGUUCAUCUUGCAGUCAAAUCCAGUUCACUAUGUUAUUUAUGGACGGGAACAAAGCAAUUGUCGUCUCUACGGACGCUAGAUCUCAGAUACUCUGAAAGCCUGGUGCGAACGCCAGAUUUCACGGGGAUGCCAAAUUUGGAGUAUUUGAAUCUGGAGGAAUGUUGUGAUCUUGAAGAGGUUCACCAUUCCUUGGGAUUUUGCAGAAAACUCAUUCGGUUAAAUUUGGAGUCUUGUGGACGCCUUAAUUGGUUUCCAUGUGUUAACGUGGAAUCUCUUGAAUAUCUGGAUCUAGAUUUUUGCUGUAGUUUAGAGAAAUUUCCAGAAAUCCAUGGGAGAAUGAAGCCGGAGAUACAGAUUCACAUGAAACGCUCUGGGAUAAGGGAACUACCAUCAUCUAUUAUUCAGUACCAAACUCAUAUUACCUUCCUAGAUUUGAGCGCUAUGAAAAACCUUGUAGCUCUUCCAAGCAGCAUCUGUAGGUUGAAAAGUUUGGUUAGUCUAAAUGUGUCGGGCUGCACAAAACUUGAAAGCUUGCCAGAAGAGAUAGGGGAUUUAGAAAACUUGGAGGAGUUUUGCCANCUUUAUGCAAGGUAUGCUCUAAUUUCACGACCUCCGUCUACCAUCGUACGCUUGAACAAACUUAAAAUCCUGAAGUUUGGAGGCCUCCAAGAUGGAGUGCACUUUGAGUUCCCUCCAGCGGCUGAAGGAUUACGGUCAUUGGAACAUCUGGAUCUCACUUGUUGCAAUCUAAUAGAUGGAGGACUUCCGGAAGACAUUGGAUGCCUAUCUUCUUUGAAAGAAUUGUAUCUCAGUGGAAAUAAUUUUGAGCAUUUGCCUCGAAGUAUAGCCCAACUUGGUGCUCUUCGAAUCUUGAACUUAAGAAAUUGCAAGAGGCUUACACAGCUGCCAGAACUUCCACCAGAAUCAGAUACAAUAUAUGCAGAUUGGAGCAAUGAUUUGAUCUGUAAUUCGUUGUUUCAGAAUAUCUCGUCAGUGCAGCAUGACAUCUCUGCUUCAGAUUCCUUGUCACUAAGAGUAUUUACCAGUGUGCAUCUUGGGAAGAAGCCAAGUUGGUUCCUCUAUCAGGGAACAGAUAGUGGUGUAUCAGUCAAUACGGAUAGUGGUGUGUCAGUCAAUUUGCCUGGAAAUUGGUAUAUACCUGAUAAAUUCUUGGGAUUUGCUGUAUAUUACUCUGGCAGCUUAAUUGGCACCACAGCUCAAUUGAUUCCCGUAUGUGAUGAUGGGAUGUUGUGGAUGACCCAGAAACUUGCCUUAUCCAACCAUUCAGAAUGUGAUACAAAAUAUAAUAUUAAUUUUUUCUUGGUACCUCUUGCUGGCUUAUGGGAUACAUCUAAGGCAAAUGGAAAAACACCAAAUGACUAUGGGCUUAUUAGGCUAUCUUUUUCUGGAGAAGUGAAGAAGUGUGGACUUCGUUUGUUGUAUAAAGAAGAACCUGAGGUUGAGGCCUUGUUACAAAUGAGGGAAAAUAACCAUGAACCAACAGAACAUUCCACUUGGAUAAGGAGGACCCGAUAUAACAAUAGUGAACACGACUUCGUGAUCAAUGAAGCCAGCUGCUCCUCGGGUAAGAAACAAAAGAGUCACAUUUCUAAUAUUCAGGGGAGCUCUGUCUUUGAGAAUCUGCAGCAACAAGUAGAGGGGCCUGUCUCUUCAGAAACUUUGCAGCUCUUUCCUGCAAACCCAGGAUUUUAGCUCAGAUAGAGGAGCUCAUCAAUGGGUGAUGUACAUAUCAACAAUGAGUUUUUGUCUAUUGAUUCUCCAUCUUAACCAUGGUGAGUUAAAGGAUUCCAACAAGUAUAACUUUUUGUGCUCAAAUCAGAACCUGGAAUUGUGAAUGUGGAGAAAGCUGAGUACGAGAUGAAGUUGAGGUUCGUUCUCCCUCGUGAUCUCUCAGGCCAGGAAGUGAUUUAUGUAAUUAGAGAACCUAAGACUAUCAUCUGUAACCACCUUUUAGUAGGUGGAUUUCGUUCCAAAAGUUAAUUACCCUGUGAAUAAUGAUCAUUGGAGUGAUGAAAGAUGUUAUCCAAAUAGUAUUGAAUGGAUCGGCGGAAGUUUCUCCUGACUUGUGAAUGAUGCUGUAAGAUGGAUUCUAACUAAUGCAAUUUUGGAUAAACUGACGAAAUUGAUGUUAGGUUUUGGUGGCUUGUGAUUCCCCAUGAUAGCCAGUGUAUUACCUUUCAUUCGUUGAAGAGUUUUAGAAUUGCAAUCUCAACAUGUCAGUGCGCUUCCCUCGGGACAUGUGAAAGGUGUCUUGCAGAUAAGCUGUUCUUAAACCAGUCCAUCAAAAUUGCAGUCUUUAUACACUAGCGAUGAAAGGCAAUAUGUUUCUCUGCAAUUUGAGAAAAUGCCUAAAAAUCUACUAGAGGAAGCAAGUAUAUCUUUUUUCAGCCUCGAGGAUCUGUCAUGAGCAAUGGAAAUUACAAACAGAACAUGAGUAAGCUUCAGAUGUGACAUUCAAAGAUGACCUUAUGCCAAGUUCAACAGCUUUGUUGAAAAUGCAAGUUCUGGCUCAGAGAUAAAAACAGAUUUCGAGUAUCCUUGUCUCACUCCUAAACUGGAUAAACAUACAGAGACCUGAUCCUAGCAGUUUUUUCCAUUUGCAAUGUUAUGUAAUUAUGCAGGAAAAACAGUUCCAGGUGGUUGCAUUUCAUCAGUUAGUUAAUUUUACUGGGGUUUGGUAGGGUGAAUUAGUUUGGCAGGGUGAAUUCUUUGACGCAUAAUAGUUGCAAGAAAACUCAGGCUGCUUCGAGUUUUGCCUGACAAGUGCAGAUGAAAAGCUUUUGAGAAAGCAUAUGUACAUGUAAAAGAAAACUCAGGUUGCGGCCAAACUGCAUAAAGAAAGGAAACUUUUUUCA